UCGUACUUGACGAAGGCCAUCGACAUUCUUGGGAAGGACACUAUAAACGAUUGCACGACUGAGAGGCAAAAGACUGCGCAUCGUCCGGACAAAGAUAUGUACCACAAGCUGGGCAAGAAGAGAAAUAAGAUGUGGGACUAUCUGUUCCAAGGCCAACCCAAGUCGCCAUUUGAGCAUGACUACAUAGUUCGCAAAGCGAUGGCACAGGAAGCAUAUGGUGGUUACCACAAAGCGCAAGUGGUUACGUUUGCGAUGUUUGUGGCGCGAUGCGAGCAACUGAAGUUCACGAGAAAUCGGAUAAUGCUGACAUACGAUGACUACAGUAACCUCGCCAAGACAAUAGAUGCAUGGUGUCCGAUCGAGAGCGACGAGGAGACUGAAACCUCAGACCUCGAUAUCGAAGAGCGAGCGAAACGUUCGCAGGAGGGAAUGCAAAGUGUGCCUGCAUGCAACGUGCAAAACGAGAAUCCAGAACGAGGUCUCACGAACUCGGGAGGUGCGAGCAGUUCUGCGCGUGAUGUGACGGACAGUGCGAGUUCCAUUGACCAGAUGCAAACGGAUUCGCCGACGCCCCUCCGAGCACUUGAGAAUAUAUUGAUUCAUGGCAAUCGUCGCGGGUUGCAGGGAAGGCCUCCAUCUGGAGGAAACACGGACCACGACAAGCUGGCAGACGCUGACGAAGAUGACUUGGCUGUUCCAGAUCCAUCCCCGAAGCUCAUGCAUGGUGAUGAUAUCCCCGAUCGCAUUGUGCAGGACAGUGCACAACCGUACUUCAUUCAUGACAAGGUACCAGAAACGACAUCUAAGAAGUGUGGGCAUCAUAUUUUGUGGCAUACGGACGUGUUCGAGUCGUGCAUCUUCAAGGAGGAGUGGAUGAUGACACUGCAUCUAUCAUCGGGAUGGAAAAUCCAACCUAGACUUGCAGAAGAACCGUGGCUGAAAGUGGCGAGGAGCGAAAUCGUCUAUCGUGUCAAGUGCGAAAACGACGGGGUGGACGAGGCGGCUAUUGAGGAGAAGGCUAAAGUACUGUUCGAUUCUCUGCACUCAGACAAUCGACUAGAAUAUAAACACAAAUUUUAUGACUUGUCGUCAAGCCAGUCAUACAAGACCAUCGAUUGGAAGAUCGAACUUCCUCCUGCGUGCCAAGGCAUCAAGACAGUCCGGUUGCUCACAGCUUGGGGGGCAGUCGACGACGCACUUUGCUGCCAGUGUUGGGGAAGCAAUGAGCCAAACUGUUGUCAAGAUGAUGGAGGUGGACAAGGGAACACGGAAUGUCAACAAAGACAAAUCGAACGUUGGAUCGUACGGGCCUCCUCUAAUAACUCAGGCGGGAAACCAGAGUGACUCACAGAUGGAGAGUCUCACUCCUUCCACGAACAUGGCGGUCGCAGAUGGAAUGCAACAAGGUG